CUGCAGAGGAGAAGCUUGUCACCUUCUCGGCGUGUGGAGGGACAGACUGUUGCUGUUUCUCCUCGGGUGAGGGAAACAGGACUGCAUAGCGCGCAGAGGACGACCCCCACCCCCUGAGAGUACUAGUUCUUAGAAAACGGUUCAGGUAGGCAAAGGGAAAGAUGCCGGCCACACAGAAGCCCAUGAGGUAUGGACAUACGGAAGGACACACCGACGUCUGUUUUGAUGAUUCUGGAAGUUUUAUUGUGACUUGUGGAAGUGAUGGUGAUGUGAGGAUAUGGGAAGAUUUAGAUGAUGAUGAUCCAAAGUCCAUUAAUGUCGGAGAAAAGGCAUUUUCGUGUGCUUUGAAGAAUGGAAAAUUGGUCACUGCAGUUUCUAAUAACACCGUCCAAGUCUAUACAUUCCCUGAGGGAGUUCCUGAUGGCAUAUUAACACGCUUCACCACAAAUGCAAACCACGUGGUCUUCAAUGGAGACGGUACUAAAAUUGCUGCUGGGUCAAGUGAUUUUCUGGUCAAAGUUGUGGAUGUGAUGGAUAACAGCCAGCAGCAAACAUUUAGAGGACAUGAUGCCCCUGUUUUAAGUCUGUCUUUUGAUCCUAAGGAUAUCUUUCUGGCGUCAUCUAGUUGUGAUGGAACUGUCAGAGUGUGGAAUAUUUCUGAUCAGGCAUGUGCUAUUAGUUGGCCAGUACUGCAAAAGUGCAACGACGUGGUGAAUGCAAAAUCCCUCUGCAGACUCGCGUGGCAGCCUGGAACCGGGAAAUUAUUAGCAGUUCCUGUGGAAAAAUCUGUUAAGCUGUACAGAAGAGAAACUUGGAGUAAUCCAUUUGAUCUUUCGGAUAGUUCUAUCUCUCAGACACUCAGUAUAGUUACCUGGUCUCCCUGUGGACAGUAUUUGGCUGCAGGUACUAUUAAUGGCUUAAUUGUAGUUUGGAAUGUGGAAACCAAAGACUGCAUGGAAAGAGUAAAACAUGAGAAAGGCUAUGCCAUUUGUGGCCUGGCCUGGCAUCCUACUUGUGGUCGAAUAUGUUACACUGAUGUGGAAGGAAACCUUGGGAUCCUGGAAAACGUGUGUGACCUCAGAGGAAAGGUGUCAACCCAUAAGGUGUCUAGCAGAGUGGAGAAGGAUUACAAUGAUCUUUUUGAUGGAGAUGAUACAAGUAGCGGUGGCGAUUUUCUAAAUGACAAUGCAGUUGAGAUCCCUCCUUUUUCAAAAGGAGUCAUGAAUGAUGAUGACGACGACGAUGAUGACCUCAUGUUGACUGCAGAUCGUCUCAGACGGAGAAGUCAUGUCUUGGGAGAUGAUGAAAAUUCAGUUGAUGCUCCAAUGCUAAAAACUGAUCUUCACAAAGAGGAAGGAGAAGAUGACCAGGCAGGCAGUAUUCACAAUCUCCCCCUUACAAAAUCCCAAAGGCUAUUCUAUGAUGGGCCCAUGCCAACACCCCGACAAAAGCCGUUCCAGUCAGGCUCCACACCCUUGCAUCUCUCUCACAGAUUUAUGGUGUGGAACUCUAUUGGGAUUAUUCGAUGCUAUAAUGAUGAUCAAGACAGUGCCAUAGAUGUGGAGUUCCAUGACACCUCCAUUCAUCAUGCAACGCACCUAUCAAACACUUUCAAUUACACAAUGGGAACUCUUUCCCAUGAAGCUAUUUUGUUGGCGUGUGAAAGCACUGAUGAAUUAGCAAGCAAGCUUCAUUGCCUGCACUUCAGUUCUUGGGAUUCAAGCAAAGAGUGGAUAGUGGAUAUGCCUCAGAAUGAAGAUAUUGAAGCCAUAUGUCUAGGUCAAGGAUGGGCUGCUGCUGCUACAACUGCCUUGCUCCUCCGAUUGUUUACUAUUGGAGGUGUUCAGAAAGAAGUCUUCUCCCUUCCUGGACCCGUGGUGUCAAUGGCGGGACAUGGAGAACAGCUUUGCAUUGUUUACCAUAGAGGUACAGGGUUUGAUGGAGAUCAGUGCCUUGGAGUUCAACUGCUAGAGUUGGGACAGAAGAAAAACCAGGUUUUGCAUGGUGACCCUCUUCCUCUUACAAGGAAAUCCUACCUUACAUGGCUGGGGUUUUCUGCUGAAGGUACUCCCUGUUAUGUGGAUUCCGAAGGCUGUGUUCGAAUGCUUAACAGAGGGCUUGGAAACACAUGGACUCCUGUAUGUAACAUAAGAGAACACUGCAAGGGAAAAUCUGAUCACUACUGGGUGGUUGGUAUCCAUGAAAACCCCCAGCAGCUAAGGUGCAUCCCUUGUAAAGGUUCUCGGUUCCCUCCCACCCUUCCGCGUCCUGCCGUGGCCAUACUAUCCUUUAAGCUUCCUUAUUGUCAGACUACGACAGAGAAAGGCCAAAUGGAGGAACAAUUUUGGCAUUCAGUCCUGUUUCACAACUAUCUUGAUUACUUGGCUAAAAAUGGUUAUGAUUAUGAGGAGAACAUUAAAAAUCAGGCUGUAAAAGAGCAACAAGAACUUUUGAUGAAAAUGCUAGCGCUUUCUUGUAAACUGGAACGAGAAUUCCGCUGUGUGGAACUUGCCAGUCUAAUGACUCCAAAUGCUGUGAACUUAGCCAUUAAAUACGCUUCUCGCUCUCGGAAAUUAAUACUGGCUCAGAAACUUAGUGACCUUGCUGCAGAAAAGGCUGCUGAAUUGGCAGAAGCCCAGACAGAAGAAGAAAAAGAAGAAGACUUCAGAAUGAAACUGAAUGCUGGUUACAGUCAUACCACUACGGAAUGGAGUCAACCACGGGCCAGAAAUCAAGUUGAAGAAGACACUGAGGACAGAGAAGAGACUGUUCCAGAAGAAAAACCGGAGCCACACAACCACGGGUCGAACUUAUUACAAAAUGCAAAUUCCCCUGAUGUGCCAGCUCUGAAAUCAGGUGCGGUUUUCUCUAGCAGCCAAGGACGGGUAAACCCCUUCAAGGUGCUAGUUAAUUCCAAAGAACCAACUGUAUCAAUGAGUUCCACACGCUCAACUAAUAUUUUAGACAAUAUGAACAAAUCAUCCAGGAAGUCCACCCCACUUAUUCGACCAGCAAAUAAUGAAAAAUCCCCAGUCAUAAAGCCUCUCGUCCCCAAGCCAAAGUCUAAGCAGACAUCUGCAGCAUCCUAUUUCCAGAAAAGAACUUCACAGGCCGAUCAGAGUGAAGAAGUAAAAGAAAAUCCUAAAAAUUCGUCAUCUGAAACUCCAGCUAUGUGCCUUCAAAACUCUGAAAACCAAAGGCCAAAGACUGGGUUCCAGAUGUGGCUGGAAGAAAAUAGAAGUCAUAUUUUGUGUGACAAUCCUGACUUUUCAGAUGAAGCAGACAUAAUAAAAGAGGGAAUGAUUCGAUUUAGAGUAUUGUCUGCUGAAGAAAGGAAGGCAUGGACCAAUAAGGCCAAGGGAGAGAUUGCCAGUGAUGGAGCUGAAGCCAAGAAGCGAAAACAUGAGAUGUGUGAGGCAGAAAACCAGGAAGAAGCCACAAAGGAGAAUAUGGAUCUGUCUAAAAAGCAGAAAUCGUCAGCUCUUUCCACCAAUCAGAAACUGUCGGCUUUCGCAUUUAAACAAGAAUAAAGGAAUGGAAGGGUCGGGAAAUACUGAAACUUGGAUCCAGUUUUUGGUUGACCCUGGACUUAUUUUAGUCUUCAGAGAACAUAUUACUA